AUGCGGGUAGCAUCUUUUAGGGCAUCUCUUGCUUCCUUCAGCUUUCACACCCGGUUUUACGCAGCCGGAAAGCCGGGGGUUCCGAGAGCUGGUUUUAAGGCACACGGGGAUAUUGGCGAUGGCCGCAACGACCAACAGCAGUUGCAAAGUGCGAAUCCAUACAAAUCACGGGAACACAUGAACCACAAAUGGUUAAUUCUUAUGUGCGUCGGCUGUUUAGCGGGGGGUUCAGCAGCGGGUCACCUUACGGAGGUUGAUGAAACUGCACUGAAACCACCUUUUAAGAAGUCGGAUGUGCUUUCAAAUAUUUCCAAAACAUUUGAAUUCCGUCCUGACCUGGCAGCAAUGGGUGUUCGUGUUGCGUUUCUUCUUGCUGCGCGCAGAGCAGGACUUACAACUGACUCCUUUGAUGAGUCUUGCGCCGUUGCCCGUGGCCUUGAAGACAUCGCCGGAGUAUUUCAGCAGCUUGGGACAAUGUAUCACAUUUCAACUGAAGACGCCGCAUCGCUGGUAGCUGUGGCUGCAUUAAAGUUCUUAAAGGCCCCUUCUGAAUCUAUUGAAAAUGCGUGGCGUUGGGGACGAAAUGACACCGAUGAGGCCCCACCGCGGAGGCGAAGAAAUGAUGAGAAAUUCCCCGUAGAGGCCUCAGGUGUGCAGAGUUUACUUAAGGGGUUAUGUGAUCUCACUGAUGCUGAGUGCGUAGCGUUGUUAGCAUGCCACAGUGUUGGUGAAUUUCACGAACACGUGAGUGGCUUGGACGGUGCCACACAUAUCGGGAGCCGUUACAAGCUAAGUAAUGAGUAUUAUAAGUUUUUGUUGUCAAAUGAGAAGCGUUUCUUCGAUCUUGAAGUUCCUAGGACGGAGGAAAAUAAAGAAAUACGUCGCCUACCGAAGAACUUUGUAUGUGUUUAUGCCAGCACUGGCAAGAGAGGAAAAAAAAAACAGUGCGUUUUCAAUAGGAGCGAGGUGGAUGCCAUUUUGAAGAAUAGUACGUGGCGGAAACUUGCCGAGUACUACGCGGAGAACGAAGCGGCAUGGGCCGAGGCAUUCCAGUCGGGUUUCACAAAAAUGAUUGACAGUAAUUUCAAGAGGUUGCGCCCAUACGACGCAUCAACAGAUUAG